AGGCAGCACAUUUCAUUAAAAUCGGUCCGUGGGUUAUCUCAGAAAAGCGUUUUUGCGGUUAACAUGUAUUUGAAUAGGCCGCGUCGGAGUUGGGCUCGAGCUUAAGUUUGUAUAGGUGUUCUGUGCUAAAGCUUCCUCUUAAAUCCUCUUCGGUCGCAGCGCCGCCACAAUACUCUUUUUCGUCAUCGCGCGCCUCACUGCGAAGCACUCAUAUACACCAUGCUGCAAAGCAUGCGCCGCCCCAGCCAUAUCUAUGGCCCCUGACGCUCGUCACACUCAACCUUAUUCUAGCACACUCUAACUGAAAUUCAAUUACUUCAAAGCGAAUAGACGCAUUAACUGCUCAGCGAUCGAGAUAAGCAAGAUGGCAAGGAAGUGCUGGUAAAAAAAAAAAAAAAAAAACACGGGAGAGAACGAUACAGCUUACAGCAUUCCUCCAUAGCUUACAGUAAAAUAUAUUUAGUCAUGAAAGUUUAUUAAUUUAGUUGACAAAGGUAAUAAAGAUAAAACAAAUAAUAAAUUCUACAGACUGAUUGCAUGACAGAAAAGAACGAUAUUAGUGGGAGAAUACAGAAUGUUUGGAAUCGCCAAUCGCAUUACUGAUAACAAGUGUCAAUAAAUCAUAUAUGAAACAUGCCCAGAUGAGCGGCAGUACGCGGUUUAAUCAUACGAGGUUUAGUCAUCUGUCAGCAUGCAGACAGGGUAAAGUCCCUUUCAGGAUCGGGCCACGGCGUCAACUCCCAAGUGAGAAAAAUCUAUGGAUAUUGUGGAGCGUCCUUAGAAUACGACCUUAACAAUAUUUUUUUUUUCAUAUUUCUACAGCGAGGCGUUGUGGCAAUUGGAAAGGUGCUAGCCAUUGCAACACAAGAAAAAAACUGCGUGUACACUCCUGACGCAAGCUCCACCACAUGGGACAACAGCGACAUUGGCGGCUGCUCACUGCAGUAGCUUCCCGCUCUCCCAUGUACUCGCGUUGCUCGCGUGCUUCUUGGACCGUACUUGACCACUUACAGUACCUUCAGCUAUUCCAGCAGCAGUAGCGUAGCACGCUCUGCAGUAGGAAGAGCCGCCGUGCCUAAUUUUUUUUUUAUUUUUUUGCUCAAGGUCUGUGCUUUUAUAGGUCGUGUCGUGGUAUUUAUGUAGCGCCGACACGCUGAAAAUUUGUGCACGUCAAUAUCAGCCCUCUGCGUUCAAGCGUACGCAUCCAGUCGUAUCGCCCUGGCUCUCAUACCCACAGUUUGACUCCCUACGAUGCGCGCUGUACAGCUUUUCGACCGUUUCUGACUGUAUGACUUGUGAUCAUAUUUUUUCUUAAGUUGAGCUGACACACCUGCGGUCAUCAUACUUCCAUUCCCUUCUGCAGCUUGCUCCGAACCAAUGGAGGCAGGGCAGGGCCCUGCUCACGAUCGGGCCACGGCGGCGACCCCGAAGACGUCGCUGAGUUGCCGGACUUCGUCGACGAGCCGCAUAAACACCGAAUGCAUCUCGCACCACUGGACUAUCGAAAACUUCACCAAAUGCCAGUUCUUCCAAAGCGGCACUUUCUUCAGCGAAGAGUUCCCAAAGGACUCGCCACUGGUGCGCCUCAAGCUUCGAUUGGACCUUACAAAGGACUACGCGUCCAUCUGUGUGGUGCCCGUCCACGGGAUGCAGGGGCGCAACUGUGUGUACACGCUGACGCUCCUUGGUGAGGCAGGACGGCCCGUGCAGCGGUACUUCCACAAUGGCUUCCACACGCUCUACCGUGGCAGCACCAACUACCUGGGCAUUGAGCUCUGCAAGGCAUUUCUCUACAACCGCGAGAAUAAGUGUAUCCACGGUGAUGCCCUAAGCAUUCUGUUUGAGGUCGAGUUCCUUGCGAACAGCACCAACACACCCAUCAAGCGCACUGACAUCCCCGUCAGUCCACUGCUUAAGAAUUUGGCAGGCCUGCUUGAGGACAAGAGCUUUGGCAACGUGCAGCUGACGGUGCAGCAGCGCAACCUCUAUGCCCAUCGUGACGUCCUAAUGCUUUCGUCACCUGUGUUUGGCGCCAUGUUCUCGCAUCCCACAAAAGAGUCGCAAGAGCAGGUAAUUCACCUGCCAGACCAGUCCUUUGAUGCCAUGCGUGAGAUGCUGCUCUUUAUCUACACGGGUGAAGUUCCAAACCUGGACAAGGUUGCUGAAGACUUGUAUGUGGCUGCAGACAAGUACUCCAUGAGUGAACUGAAGACUCUAUGUGGAGACUACUUGGGUUCGAACCUGACUGUGGAGAGGGCGGCCGAUGCGUUUGUCCUCUCUAACAUGUACAGUGAUGCCGAGCUUUCGCAGAGCAUUGCGCGCUUUAUUGCAGACCAUUUGGUGGCUGUACAAAGGACUGCUGGCUGGAAGAACAUCUGGGGCAAACCUGACAUCACUGAGCGACUGUUUAUGCUCAUUGCAGAUAUUGGCAAUACGCUCGAGUCAGCCACGUAGUCUGUUGCUGAUGGGGAGGUGUAUCCCAGCAUUUUGCUCCAGUGUUCAGUGUGCAUUUGAAUGGUUUUGAGUGAAUAUAUUUUACAAGUUCAACCAAAGGCAGAAGUUAGCGCUUAAGUGUCCACAAACAUUGUCACCUUUUGAGGUGUGCUGAUAAAAGUUGAGUCACUGUCUUUUGUCAAGCUAGACAUGCAUCUUGAACAAAUAAAGGAACUUGUGUAGGCUUUGAUGAUGAUGGUAAAUGGUUUUAUUGGCGUAAGCAUCAUGGAUGGCCAAAGAACGCCAGGUGUAGGCUUUGUGGAUACCUUCAAAAUGUGUCGUUUGUGGUGCUGUCAGGCUACGCUUAUAGCUAAUGCUGGAAGUUGCCAUGAGCCAGCUAUUUAGUUCUAUUGAUGGGAGAGCUUUUGCCAGAUCGUGUGACCAUCAGCUAGUGUGGUCAUAUGUGUUGAAAGGUUCCUUUAGAAGAUCAGCCAAAUGCAAAAGUUUGCAUGGCGUAAAUGGCUUCAAAUGCUUUUGCUCCAAGUACUUAGCAUGCAUUAAAUAUGGUUUAGGAGCUCGCACUGCUGGCCUUUGUUUAAUUAAGCGGGAAGUGAGCACUACAUUGGCUCAUAGAGGCUACAAUGAUUGAGGCAAAGUUAGUAAUUGUGGCACUCUCACCACUGACAUUGGCAAAGCCUUCAUGCCAGUUGCAGUGUGUGAUUUGCGGGAGUGAUUCGCCAGUACUAUGCUGCAGGGGUUCUUCUUAAAGUUUGUGCCACGUCGAGAAGGUACUGCAUGUGCACUAUGUAAGUUACUAUUCUAGACGAUGCUAUCUGCUGUAACGAAAGUUAAAACACAUGCACAACUGUCUUUGACAGAACUAGAAAAAUAUGAACUAAUGUAAGAACGUGCAUCACCUCCGUCAGUACCUUUGGGGGCAAAGUCUGCCAUUGUGAUAAGAAGAAAAAGUGAAUACAGAAUGGUGUGUAGUGUUUGCCACUUGUUUGUUAGUGCGGAGACAUAGAAGUGAGAAAGAACUGAAACCUGUGCAAGUUGGUAUACAAUUCAUGUUCAGAAAAAAGUGGCAGCAAACAAGGCACAUAGAAAUGAAAAUGCUGGCGCUACUCACAACUAUCAGCAAACAAUUAUUAGUUGUGUGUAGCCUUGGCAUUUGCAUUUUUAUGUUCCUUGUUUAUUGGCACUUUGUUUUGUAGCUGCAUAUAAAAGUUGGAAAGGCAGCUUCCUUUUAUAUGCUCUAGGCACAUAUACCACCUGUAAGGAUUGCUGGUGAUUACAUAUUGUGGCCCUCCCAUGAGUUAUUUCUUUGUAUACUGAAAUGUUAUGUCCUAGCUUUGAAGCUUUUGACAGUGGUCGCACGCUAAGUUGCCCAUGUUAGGCAGAAGCAUUGAAGACAAGUUUAUGAUACGUUGGCAUGUGUUUUAAAGCAGCAGCAGUCAAUGCUUCAGAACCCACAUGCCAACUGUUUGAUUGCAUAGGUGUCAAAAAGUGUCUUGAACCAGUCAUGUCACCAUGGAAAAGGUUACUAAGAAAGCCAAGUAGCAUGUUGUUACAAACUGUAUUGCAAUGCAGCAGUCAAGCAAAUAGCUGUGAACAUUGUGCUACUGCUGAGUGCUUGUGCUUAAAGCCGACAGCCAUAGUGUUGACUAAGCCUUAGCAAAUAACUGUCAGUGGCAGUUCUCUCAAAUUUGGACACAUUGGUGGCAUUCUACAAGCUCUUCGUAAUUUUCACUAUAGGUGGCUGCACAAAUAAAAGUUGUCUAUGUUAUAGUCACAUUUUCUCAGCUUCAUGUGCAACUGCUUUUGUGCAAUUAAUGCUGGCAGUGACCUGCCUACGCCACUAGCAGACUUUGAUGUUGGUACAACAGGUGGAAACCUGCAUUGACUAUUGUCCUUUGUAGAUCUAGAGCUCCAGUUUUAUUGAAUGAAGUCCAAGUGGUUUCAGUAGUUCGAAAUAUGUUAUUUGUCUGUACUUUACACAUAGAUUGUAUUGUACCUUGCACUAGUUUGCUCACCUGUCACAGAAGAAUUGUUGCGUACAAAUAUACCACUAGGGUGGGUCGAGCGACUGUGUUUCUUUGUUUGCAAAGCUGUCUAGGCUGAGAGAUGGUUUGAGCAUGGCCGUGUUUCUGUUGCAUUUUAUGAAGCACUGUGAUCCAGCAUGUCCUGUGGGGACUAAGCUGUUGGUCUUGCACAGUCUUUGUAUCCUUCGACACCUGCUGCACAAUUUCAUCUAUUAUAUCUGCCAACCAGUGUAUGUACAAAAAGGUGGCCUUGCCUAGCUUUAGCAACCACUCCAAAGUAAAUAAAAGUGCAAAUACAGGUGGCACCCAUUUAGUGAUGCAAGAUCAAUGUGCUGCAUGUUUCCGCUGAAUGCAAAUAUUCUUUGGCAUACAUAUUUACAAUGCUUGGCAAUGUAUUUAAUGCUCCUCAGAGUACACACUAAGGUCAGUUCAGGGUGCUGCAAUGCUUGGUUGCUUGAAUGCUCAAGUCCUAGAGGCCAAAGGUAUUUUACGCAUUUUUGAGCAUCUAGAGAGUGCAUUUGGCAUUUGCACUUCGCUGUGCACAAAGCUGUGGUGAUGCUUUCAAUAUAUUAGUGCAAAUGUAUAUACGUAGAAUAAAGGUUUCGGCUAACCAAUAUCACAUAACUGUAUUUCAUCAUGUCAUUGUAUUCGUUGUAAUAAAAUGAAAUGUGAUAAGCGGUA